GAAGUUCAGUUUCUGAUAAGCAAUGUGCAGCCAUGGUGGUUAGCCAAGUACAAACCAUAUCUCCAGCAGCUCUCUAAGUAUGAAGUAAUCAACUUUAAUAAGAUUGAAAAUGUUCAUUGUUACCCACAUGUGAUAGUUGGUCUUAGGAAGCACAAGGAGAUGAGUAUUGAUCCUUCAAGAGCUCCAAAUUCAUAUUCAAUGGUCGAUUUCUCUCAAAUAAUGAAAAAAUCAUAUGGAUUAGAGAGACAAGUAGCAAUAAAACUAAGAGAUAAUCAGGCUAAGAAGCCAAGGCUUUUGAUCAUAGCGAGGAAAUUCACUCGUUCUUUCAUGAACAUUGAUGAAAUAGUAAGAAUGGCCGAAGAUUUAGGCUAUGAAGCAGUGGUUGCUGAAGCAAAAGUUUCUUCUAAUCUUGUUCGGUUCUCACACAUUGUUAACUCCUGUGAUGUGAUCAUGGGAGUUCAUGGAGCUGGGCUUACUAAUCUAGUUUUU